CGGCGAGUUUCCGUUAGCUGCGGGCAGGAGAUGGUCAGCGCAGGCCGUGGCCACGGUGUGUGAUUUACAGGAGGAAAAGUCGCUGGAAGUACGGCGGGAGAGAGACAGUAAAAAAGGAAAGCAAAAAAAGAAAGAAAGAAAAAGAGAGAGACGGGGAAUAAUGCCUCAAAUGUUGUAGGGGGUUUUGAAAUGGCCAUUAGGGAGCUGAAAGUGUGUCUUCUUGGGGACACAGGAGUUGGGAAAUCAAGUAUUGUUUGCAGAUUUGUCCAGGAUCACUUUGAUCACAACAUAAGCCCAACUAUUGGCGCAUCGUUUUUAACCAAGACGGUCCCCUGCGGCAAUGAGCUUCACAAGUUCCUGAUCUGGGACACGGCAGGGCAGGAGAGGUUUCACUCUCUGGCCCCGAUGUACUACAGAGGAUCUGCUGCUGCCGUCAUUGUGUAUGACAUAACCAAACUGGACUCCUUCCAGACUUUGAAAAAGUGGGUGAAGGAGCUAAAGGAGCACGGCCCAGAGGAUAUUGUGGUGGCAAUUGCAGGAAAUAAGAAUGACCUGGGUGAUAUACGGGAAGUUCCCACAAAAGACGCCAAGGAAUUUGCAGAGUCAAUUGCAGCCAUAUUCAUCGAAACCAGUGCUAGAAAUGCUGUCAAUGUUGAGGAACUCUUUCAAAGUAUUAGUCGGCAGAUCCCCCCUCUGGAGAACACCGACGUGGACAGCAACGAGUCGUUCAAGAUUACACGCCAGCCACUUCCAUCAGCUAGACGCUGCUGUUAGAGGAGUGAGGAAUUUGGCUUGCUCUCUUCCUCAUAGCUGGAUAUUUAAUUUAGCUUUAUAACCAUCAUAACCUGUAACCUAAAGUUAGCCUGACUUUACUGCUGAAGUAAAAAUGAAUUUAGAUUCAGCAGUUUUAAGCACACAGUAGUUUAACGAGUUUACAAACAAGACACAAGGCAGAUUGAGCAAUAUUUCCAGUGUUCAAUGUGAAGCAGUGGAGCAGAGUUAGCUGGCUAACUCUGUAAGAUUAACUUCAUAAGGAGCAGAGCCAUAGAUCUUAAAGCAUUGGUGUCAGACUCCACAGUCCUGAACAGCUUAGAACCCAGAAAAAAGACAAAACCCUAAAGCCCGAUUGUGCUGUUUGAAAGUACUAACCGUCUUUGUUUAAUGUUGGUCCAGUAUCAGCUUGCCAUAUCCAGAUGUUCUUAUUCAUAAGGACACGAAAGGCAAACAAACCCCAAAAGCAUGUGUCUUACUCUGAGGAUUUUAAAACGUAUUAGAAAGCAAUUUGCUCAGAAUGCCUUUAAAAACUGCUCAGCCUGUUUACAUUAGACUUUUAUAACCAGUUACUUUACCAACGCCCUCAACUGACAGCUAUAAUAUCCACCAUAUGUAGAAUAUAAUCAAAGUGUCUCUUAAAAAUUUAAAAGCAGAUUCACACAGAUUAGUCAGUUUACCAAGUCUAGGUCAGAGCAAAAUGUAUCUAUUUAUAUAUUUGCUAUUUGAUUUAGUUUGGUUUCACACUGCACAAAAUUAAAUGAGCGUAAAAGCAAGAGGGGCUGGUAGGCCUGAAAAUGUCCUUGUAAAACUCUUUCGUUGAUUUGUUCAGAAAUACUGCAACGAAAAUGGUAAAAAGCCUAUGUAAAGUAAACAAAGUGAGCACGGAGAACGCAUAGCUGAGGCUAAAUAAAUGAUGAGAUAAUUAUGUUGAUAACUAAACAAUUUGUUUACUGCAUCUAGAAUUUUUAUUUGCUGGUCAAAAUAUCCAGAACACAUGGCAUUUCUGCAGAGAUUCAGCUCGGUCUUUUGGUUCUGUAUGCACCAUGCAGCUCGCAUCUCCAAAAAAAAAAAAAAAAGGCCACCCGUAACCCAAAAUACACAGCAUGUUUACUUUACCUCCCGCAUUUGGGUUGAUUCGCUUGCUCACUACAAUCAAACUGCAAUAGAAUUUGUUAGAAGCAGCCCGAGUCCGCCUCGCUCAGACCAGACGUGUUGGACCAGUCGUUUUGGUUCUCACCCGCCUAAAAGAAUCACAUUGCAGGAGAAAACAAACCAGGAUUCAAUUCAAACAGACUAAACACUGCCCAAGUGAAAGAAUCCUAAGAGGUCAAAUUUAAAGUGAAACCAAGUUAAUGAAUUAAAUAUGAACCAAAUGGGACGUAACCACUGCUCAGUGCUCAGUCACAGGUAGAUGGUUAAGGAUAUUAUAGACUGUUAGGAGUCAUUACAUCUUAUGAGUUUUAUAAAAGCUACACAUGUUAAAUUUGAGAUUUACAGUUUUAGUAUUCCUAUCUCCUUUUAUUCGGUACACUAAUGAAAUUUUCACAGGAGACAUUCCAAGUAGAAUGAUGAUCAUUCCUGUUUUAUAAUCUCUCAUCAUUCAUCGUUGUCCUUGGCUGUUUUAAUGUCAUCUUGAGUUUGAAAACGUAGCCUAAAUGUCAGCAGUAUACAUGUAGGAUAUGUAAUAUUUGUAAGAAAUGAGUGUGUUGUUCAGGUGUGCAGUCAAUAGCUGAAAAUCUAUUGUGCAAUUCUGCACCAAUUUAUGCAUUUUUAUAAAUGUUGCCAAUAACUUGUACAGGAUGCUCAAUUAUCCAAAAUGCUUGUAAUUAUUACUAAUCCAUGAAGUGUCUUAAAAGUGUGGUACUGUGAGAGAUGAAGACGCUAACACAUACGGUAGUUAGCAUUGUACUUUGAAUGUGCAUGCCAUCCACAAGUGCCUAAAGUAUUCAUAAAAUGUAGUUGUAAAAGUCGAUACAGUGUUUAAUAUGUAGGUGAAAAUGUAAACUAAGCAUUGUGCAUUUCUAGAUUGAUCACUCUACAAUUGUGUACGGUUUACAUGUUGUUACAUAUUAUUUAGUGUUACAGUCGUGCAGAUGUUUGCACCCUCACGGUUUUUGCGUAUGGAAAAUGUAAGUGUAUAUUAAAAUCAUCUAAAAAAUAACAAUGGCAAUUGCCACCUCACAGCUCCAGGGUUUCCAUCCAAUCCUGGGUUCAGGUUACUGUCUGUGCAGAGUUUCAUAUGUUCUCCUCCUGGUCCAGCUUCUCUGGUUUCUUCCAAGCUCCCAAAACACAUGCCAGUAGGUGGAUUGGAGACAAUAAAUUGCCGCUAGUUGUGAAUGUGUGUGUUAUUGCUGAUGGACAGGCCUCACAUCCAGUGUGCUCAGGAUAGGCUCCAGUUCUACCGUGACCCCGACCAGGAUAAAGCACUUAUUGAAGAUGAAUGAAUGACUAAACAUAAUUCCAAGAAAUAAUCAAAUGUGUAUCUUGUAAACAAGAUAAGAAUCCAAAGUUUCGAAAAUAAUUAAAAAUGUCAAGGUUUGAGCUGAUAAUUGGCAGAGUUAAAACAUAAUAGAAAUGCUGGUCACACAGUCAGGCAGUUGCCUAUGAAAAUGGCUAUAAAAUAAAUUUCUGCCUUCAUUUUGUCCUAAGUGGGUGUAAACGUUUGCACGUGACUAUAAAAGUGGUUAUUUUUUAUAAUCGGAGUCAGAAGCACUUUGCCAAGUUAAAGAUUGAUUGGUGAACAGCCACCAGGGGGCAGUGCGAGUUUGACUCUUAAAACAAAGCACAUCAUGCUGGGUCUCUCUCUUUCUGUGUCGGUGGAGGUGAAGUCUGUUCACCCCUGAUAAUGUCCACAGCGCCUUUACUGUGUCACUGAUUUGUGUUUGUUGUCGUAAGUAAUGUACCGCUUUUCACAGCCUUUUGUCCGGAUUAUUAACGAAGUAUGUUGAAAUAUUUUCAGUUUGCAAAGCCUCAGAAGAAUCAUAAUGAGAUCAGAGUCUCGGUGCAAAUUGAAGUCAGUUUCAGUUGAAACAGCAGGUUAAUUUUACUUGGCUGUGUCACAGGUUUCUUAAUUGUGUAAACCACUAAGAGUGUGAAAAUUAAACCUGAAAUAGUUCUAGCAUAAAGGAUAGGCUGUACCAGGAUUUAAUACAACAGGGUAUUUAUUUAUACAGAGCAAACCCUGAGAAAAACACAAACCUUUUAACACAUAAAUCUUAAUGCUGUGUGUUAUUUUAUAUCCGUCUUAUCCAUCUCUUAUCUGCUACAACAGAAUGACCAAGACAGAUGUCUUUGCUUUAUGUAUGCUGAUGCAUCAAUUACCAAUACUGCCUAUAAUAGCAAUAAGCAACAAUGCCCUUAUUAUUUACAUAAAUUAUUUACAUCUGAAUGCUGAUCAGAGUAACAGUUUGUAAUAAGCAGUUUGUUAAUAAAUAUGCACAGUAACUUUA